AUGCAGCCACAACAUCGAAGAGCUUGCUCAAGUACUGGAGAGGAGGCUGCGGUUGAAACAGACAACAACGAAGACGAAGAAGGGUCAUUUUUUAACUUGGAGUUUGCGAUUCCUGAUGAAGAAGACGGUGAAGGCAGAGAUGACCACAAGAACCCCAGUGUAGUUGACGAGGAAGAUGAUGGAGAUUCCUUGACAGGAAUAGAUGGAGAAAAAGAGUUCAAAUCCAUGCUGUCUUCUGGGUCGAGCAGUGGCAGAACGGACCUGAAUCUCUCGCUUUCCCCUUCUGGUGAUCUCUUCCUCAAAGGAAGGCUUGUGCCUUUCGAUCCAUCAUCACUUGCUGCCAAGUUCCGCUAUUCACUUUGGGGUUGGACGUGUGGGGCAGGUGACUCAUGGCUGACUCAUAUUAAGGGACUCUUUCUGGCAACUCUCCCUGCAGCACCCCCCCCGAGGCCUAUGCCUCAAAUCCUUCUGAAAACAUUGGAUGAGAGGUUACCUGCUGUUUGCGAAGCUUUUGUAGUCCUUAUGGUCUGUACUGGAGCCAAGAGUGAACAAGAGUCAAAAUUGGCAGCAAGAAAGUAUGCUCGAAUAAUUCAGAAACUUGGUUUUCCUGCGAAGUUUAAGGACUUCAAAAUUCAGAACAUUGUUGGCUCCUGUGAUGUGAAAUUUCCCAUUAGGCUUGAAGGUCUUGCAUAUUCUCAUGGUGCCUUUUCCAGUUAUGAACCAGAGCUCUUCCCUGGCCUAAUCUACCGGAUGAAACAACCAAAGAUUGUUCUGCUCAUAUUCGUGUCUGGAAAAAUUGUUCUCACAGGGGCUAAGGUUAGAGAUGAAACUUACACUGCCUUUGAGAACAUAUACCCAGUUCUUACAGAGUUCAGGAAAAGCCAGCAAUGAUAAACCUCCUGCAUACCACACAGCUUGUCAUCGUGACUCUUUUGAGAAGGGAAGUUUGCUGCUGUGUUGCUGAUGGUGAAAUCAACUGUAAAUACAUGAUAAAAGAGGCUGAUAUAGUGGGCUUUCAUCAUCAGAUAAUUUAUUUAUGGAGUCUGCAGGAGUUUUUCCUAAUUUGGUCCUGUUUUGCAGCCCUUCUUCGAGUAUGCAUUCCUGUUGGUUGCUCUACUUGUGAGGGGGUCUGACAGUAGCAUAGGUUUAGGGAAGAGGUGUAAAAGAUGGAUUUUGCUGUAAACAAAUUACUGAAAGAAUUUUUUUUGUUAAUAAGAAACUGGUCUUCUUCAUCUUUUGGAUUA